UAUGAUUAAUAUUAUUUCAUCGACGUAUGACUAUUUAAUUGAUUGGCUACAACGCUGUGCCAGAGAAUUAUUAUCUAAAUUAUUAUUUAUGUAGUUUCGGAAGAUAUAUUGAUAUGUGCAUUAGAAAUGUUGAGAAUUCUGAAGAAAACGAUGGAGGGGAUACAGCAUUGGCAAACUUGCCUGUGUUAAAAGGAGCUCCUGCAUAUUGUUUCGUCAGUCGCUCUGUAAAGACAAGGUUCGACAGUAGCUUCCACAUAGAGUGAAACAAAAUGUCUGACGUCGAAGUGAACGCUACAUAAGCAAAUUAUUACAUGCCUGUUCAACAUGAGGAUGAGGAUGAGGGUCACUCCAGGUGGAAACAAAACGACGAGUGUUUCGAGGAGCCACCAUGCAAAAUGGAACGUAAGAAAAUUCCUGAGUCAUGUCAUGCUAUUCGCAUCCUGGGGCGCAGAUAUGCUUUGACUGCAACGUCUCAUAAGUAUUUGGAAAUUGGACUCAAUGUACAAUCUCGACUACCCAUGGAAAUAAUCCUCGGUGACAAUCGCGGUAAUGAACUAAUAUUACAUCCAGACACUUCGGGAAAACUGAUGGAAAAUCGUGGCGCUGUACAACGACUUCUGGAAGCGCGCAACCCAUCGUACUUUUUGCUACGGAUUCGAAAUUUAGGAAUGAAAUUGUUCGAGCUAAAUGGUUCAAAAAUUGUAAAAUUAAUGCAAUCUUCUAAGUGUUUGUAUUUGAGUCCUGCUACAAUGAACAAGUUAUUUACUUAUGAAUAUUGCAUUGAUCAUAUAUAUACGCAGUUGUCUGAACAGUCGUAUCUCGUUAGAUAAAAAAUUCAAACUUUUGUAAAAGUUCUUCGAGAAAAAAAUUACCGAAAUAUGCUAUGCGGUAAAAGCGAUACGUGAAAGCGCUGGCUUUGACGGUGAGUUAUUUAUUGAUUGCGAGCUGCUGGCAUGUGCUUCGAAAGAUAUGCGCAAAGCUGUGAGCUGUUUGGUAUUCUGAGAAAUAAAUUACUUUGUCAUAUAUUAUGAUAUAUCUUUUUUACUUUAGGCCACAUCCUUUCUUCCAACUUUCCCUUAUCCCCUUUCUUAGGAUUUUAUAU